AUGGACUGGCAAUUUUCGGUGCUGCUGUGGCGCGUGAGUGGGGUUCACCAUGACGAUGAGAUGACGACGGCUGAGGCCGCACGGGGCUACCCUCAUGGCCGUACACUCGGCCGCAACCACGUGCUCUCCCAUGGUGAACACUGCGCCCGAAUUCCAACCUCUUCACGAUUCGCUAUGCUCCUGUUGCCGCUGUUGCUACUGGCGCCUCCACUACCCCCGACAGACGCCGGCGCCGCCGACCCUGGAGGCGGGGACACAUGCCCGCCCGCCGACGACCCCGCGGCCGCCGCCUGCCCCUGCUACAAGUUCGAGGACGGGCUGUUCCUCGAGUGCCCGGGCGCGUCGGCCGCCGCGAUUCGGCAGGCGCUGGAGCGGGUGGCGGCGCCCGUGCACUCGCUCUCCGUCUACGACCUCGACCACUCGCUCACCGAGCUCACCGCCGACGUCUUU